AUGGGGAUCUUGGUGUUAACACUUGGUCAAGACUUGCCUGAUGGCAACCUUGGCGCUUUACAGAAGAAGGGUGAUGUUUCAAAAGAUAAAUUCUCCAAGGUCAUUUAUGGUGUAGUGACAUGGAUAUUUGUUCUUUUGUAUGGAUACUCCAUGGGCGUGGAAUUGUCUACUGACAAUGUCAUUGCUGAGUACUUCUUUGACAGAUUUGAUUUGAAACUCCAAACUGCUGGGAUUAUCGCAGCUACAUUUGGCAUGGCUAAUCUCCUGGCUCGCCCAUUUGGUGGAUAUGCUUCGGAUGUUUCUGCUCGAAAGUUUGGCAUGAGGGGAAGGCUUUGGACUCUUUGGAUCCUACAAACACUAGGAGGUGUAUUCUGCAUUCUCCUUGGCCGGUCUAAUUCACUUCCAAUUGCUGUAACAAUGAUGAUUAUAUUUUCUGUGGGAGCACAAGCUGAAUGUGGAGCCACUUUUGGCAUCAUUCUGAUGUGUUAA